UAUUUUUCACUUCUUCAAGACUACAUUAUUAUUUUUUUUUUCAGUAGAAUAGACAGUAAAAGAGAUUUCUUCUGUGUUAUUCUGUGAUCAAAACUAAGAAACGAAAUACUUCGUUUGAAUCGCCUAAGCACUCAAAAUACAUAAACAAUAACUCGAAUGAAAAUUAUUCCUAAGAAUAUUAUUAAAACCUUUGAGGCCAGGUGAAAUAUUUAACGGUGAUGUUUCAGGGAGUUUAUAUAUGACGACUGUAUAAGCUCCCGGAGUUUGUUGUUCGGAAGUUUUUACGCUUUACUGCAAACUUCUGUUAGUUUUUGGAAAAUGCUAUAAAUAUUUGUUAAGUAGAUCUUCGUUCAGUCUAUUAAAUUCUAUGGUAAAGUGUAUCACGCGAUGACUGAUAUUAUUUUAGAAUUCUGUGAGAUGGGCCUAAGAUUUGUGCUAAACGGUAAGCUCUCAGAUAAGAGACGAAUAAUUAAGCAACUUGCUUUGUUGUAUAAGAAGCAGAGUUAUUUCUGAAAUUCCUUUAUAUUUUUUGGUCAAAAUAUUUUUGAUCUUCAUAUGGAAAUUCAUGUCCGAUAGUGAUAAAAUUCCAACCUGUCAAAGUCCAAGGCCGGACUGUGUAUUAACAAGUGAAAAUUUCGCUUUUUGUUGUAACCUUUUCUUAAGGCAGGUAAAUAACAGCCCAUUCAUUCAUUACCACAGCAACUCACUUUCAAGAGUUUGACUUUGGUCAAAUAUUUUUUAUGUUGCUAUGAAGUGGAUGUUCUAGAUGCUAAUUUCUUUGCCAAGGCCGUCAUGAAUAAGUGCCAGCUCUAUUUCCAGCCAGUUGCUCGCAAGUAUUCUUUUUAAAUUAAUCUCACACCAAGAUAUAAUAUCAAUUUAAUUAUAAAUUCAUCGUUGCAACUUAACGUCACUUUUGAAAUCACAGUGUUUACUUUAGACUUUUGUAAACACCGGGCCAGUUAUUCAAACAAAUUCUAGUCUUUGUUUUGAAAACUGAGUGGUAAACCUUUCAUAUUUUUUAAGAAGGCAUUAUGUCUUAGUACGCUUUUAAACCAUCUACUUAUGGACAAAUUUCCAAAUCUAUCGAAGAUCAUAUAUUGCCUUCAUGUGUCAUUUUCUUUCAUUUCUGAAUGGCUACCAUGAUAAUUUUGGUUUUAUGAUAGUCAUUUCUAGAUAUUGGCUUUCUUGGCCAGAAAAAUCUGACAAAAGAGCAGUGACAUAAGAAUUGAUUAUAUUAUGUUAACCAAUCAUAUUUUUUUCCUUUCUCAGAUUUGAGGAAGUAAUCGUAAAUAUCAUAACUGUAAUAUUUUGGGUGAUUGCUAUAUGUACACACCGAUCUUUUUUGUCCAGAUGAAAUUUUUGGUGAAAUUUGUUUCUUGCAACAUGAACAUUAACUGGAGCUGUCAAGUUUGAUAAAAAUUAUCAGAAUAGCUUCUUCUUUCAAGUGAACAACCAUUUCCCCUCUGCUUCUGUCAAAAAAUGUUGUAAAUGAGUCAACAUUUUUUCCUUUGGUCCAUUCCAAGAUUCCAGUUCCUGUUUUUCCAUUUCCUGUGAUGAUGCAACGAAGUUUAGUGUUUCUUUACAUGCUUUGUCCUUUGAUGAAAUAUGGAAGCAGACGCAUUUCUGAUGAUUCAACGAAGAGUUCCUCGUCUGUUGUCAAACUGGGUGCACAGAGGAAUUCCUUACUGUAAUAUUCCAUGCUACAGUUUGUUAUUUGGCCCUGGUGGAUAUGGCCGCGGAGGAACAGAGUCAUACCAAUAUUUUGCAGAUGAUAAGCUUACGCCAGCUGAAUUGGAUGCCAUUAGGAAUGAAAUCAUUCCAAAGCUAAAAGAGUAUAACACAUUCUUUGAGGGACGCAAAGCUCUACAGUUAACAAGCAAAGAGCUUAGUGGGAGACUUAUACUGGAGGGGGUUCUGAAGAUUUACUGGGGUUUAAAGGUGCCUGUUACGCUUGCAAGUCACAAUUUGUCGUAUUGGAGGAGACGUACACAGAAAGAACAGAAUGGUUACAGAGGAUCAGCUGUUAACAGAGUCAAGGAUGGCAUUAGACCUAGAACAAGUAGCUUAGAGAAGAUUCUGGCCAGACGCCGGUCCAUCAACAACAAAAAUAUUCCAGAUGCAGGAGAUCAGAAAACUAUUCUGGAUUUCACAGUUCAGUCCCCAGAAGGACAUACGACAUUCAUUCCUCCUUAUGGCACUUCAACAAACUUGCGUGUGACAAGCAGAACCAAAACAAGAGAAGUCAUAAAAAUGCUGAUGACUAAAUUCCAGAUUACAGAUGCACCUCAAAAAUUUAAUCUCUAUGCAGUUUAUGACAAUGGGUCAAUUAGACAACUUCAAAAGGAAGAAUUCCCUCUUCAUUGUCGCCUUUUGUUAGGGCCCAGUGAGGAGGCUGCAAAGAUAUUUGUUAUGGAGGCUGACGAUACCAAUAACAUAUCUCAUGAGGUUGCACAAUACAUUCAUUUUGCCACGCCUGUGUUACAAGCCUUCCUGGACAAAUAUCAGGAAGAGGAAGAAAGAGAAGUGGAGAGAGUAAAACAGUGUUACAUGCUCUACAAGCAGAAGCUACAAGAGAGGCUGGCAGAAAUAUCCACUGCUGUAUAACUCCAUGGCUGACCAAUAAUAGGAACAUUCAAUAUGAUGAUAUUUUUAAUGUAUUUUAAAUAAAAAAAAGUAUUUAUUUGUUUAAAGAGAUUUAGCCAUGUAAGUAACUCAAUAAAUUUUUAUUAGUUUAAUAAUGCCAUGUGCAGCCUUUUAAAGAUUAGAGGUUGAAUGACUGUUUUUCUUUUUGUAAAGAAAUGUAUAUACUUUUCUGUA